AUGUCCCCCAGAUCUUUGUCAACCCCUCCUCCUGAGGACAAAUCUUGCAAUGCCACCACGAUCAAAUACACCAAGAGAGCUAGACAUGGCCAUGGCCAAGACGUAACUGAUGCUCACAAUAUUCGACAGGUUGCCGGAUGUCUACCCAUUGAUCCUACAUCCAAGAGAUUUCUCUUGAUUUCUUCCAGUAAAAAUCCUGAGGCAUGGGUUAUCCCCAAAGGUGGUUGGGAAACUGACGAAACACAAGAGCAUGCUGCUCUCAGAGAGACGUGGGAGGAAGCUGGCCUCAAGGGACGUAUCACUCAUCAAUUGGGCGUCUUUGUGGAGCGUGCCAACAAGAAGAUUAGAGCCCAUCAUUGGAUUUUUGAAAUGGAAAUCGACGAAAUUGUAAAGAAGUAUCCUGAACGCAUGAGACGUGAUCGUCGUUGGUUUACAUUUGAAGAAGCUCUUAUUGCAACUACCAACAAUCCAUACAUUCAAGAAGCUAUCCGUCUUUCAAGCAUUAGUCCCUUGCCCCGCCCAACAACACCUCGCUCAUCUUUUGAUGGAAAGUUGAAUCAGAAUGUGCCCAAGCCAUUGACACAGCAACAACAACAGGAAUCUACACCCAUGGAUAGCCCACCUUCGUCCGUCCCUUCUACUCCUACUAAAUCAACCACAACCAUCGAAUCGCCAUCAGUCCAAGAAAGUAGAAAAUCCAACGAUGCUUUCCAGGCAUUGAGGGAAUUGAUGGAGCAAGCAGCUGUAACCGUUUAA